CAACCGCCAUUCAGUUGUGGACGCUCCGCCAGGCAAGUUGUACGCGGUCUCAACUCAUACAAGCCGAAACAAUAAUUGCGGUUUUGUGUUUAGACGAAACAAAACUAAAGACAACGAUAGUUUUUUUACAAUGCUAGUAACUUUUGAAACUCAACUUAAUUGAUGAAUUAGAUGUUGUAGUUAACAAAACACAUCAUAAUUCGCGUUAUUUUGUAUUUUAUCUGUGAUAUUUAUUGACUGUGUAGUGUAAACGAACGAAACAUUCGAUUGUGUGGGAAUUAUAAUAAAAUGUCACGGGCUUCGGUCUUCAAAACGUUUUUCUAAAUUAGAAUCGUAAAAAUGACGAAAUACAAACUGAACAACACUAUUCGUUCUUCGCCUGAAGUCACACUGACCGCUUACAUUGCUGACGACGCUAAGAAACCUGACGAGAAGAAGUACGAGAUCGCAGUAUUGGACAGCAAUCAAAACGACAGUGCCGUGAACGAAAACAACCGCAGACUCGAGUCGAAGAUAUGUCACGUUUGUUCUCACCCGUGUGAGUUCGCGAAGCACUCCGACCGACUAGCCGCCUCGCUGGUGAAGCAAGAGUGCGACAGGUUCGGCUUGAACGAGCUCAGAGUUGAGGGCUUAGAGAAGAACGUGUGUCUGUGCGAGAGGUACAACGGAGGUUGCAAGCUGUGCCCUCGUCCGCUGAAUGCCAAUUUGAAUCUUACGCUGAACGGACGAGAGUCGUGCUUGGCAUGUCACAAGGCGACCGAUUCCUACUCUAAUACAAAUGGAUCAUAUCCGGGAAGUCUGUUCACGAAGACCCCCGUUAGCUGGAGGAGGAAGGCAGCUAGACGCGCCAGAGCAUGUUGCUCCAAGAAAAUGCUCCUCCGAAGAGUUCCUAUACUGCAGUGGUUGCCCAACUACACUUGGCGCAGCGGACUGUCUGAUACUAUUGCAGGUAUAACGGUGGGUCUCACGGUCAUACCUCAGGCUAUAGCUUAUGCUGGAGUGGCCGGCUUGCCGCCGCAGUAUGGACUCUACUCCUCAUUUAUGGCCUGCUUCGUUUACACGAUCUUCGGUUCAGUAAAGGACUCGGCUAUAGGUCCCACCGCUAUCGCCGCUAUACUGACGCGGGAAAAUCUCCACGGCCUGGGACCAGAAUUUGCUGUUCUACUGGCCUUUCUGUCUGGGUGCGUGGAGCUGGUCAUGGGAAUGUUGCAAUUAGGUUUUCUGAUUGACUUCAUCAGCGGUCCGGUCUCCGUUGGGUUCACAUCUGCCGCUGCCAUCAUCAUAGCCACUACUCAGGUUAAAGACAUCCUCGGGUUAAGUUUCCCUGGUGGCAAGUUUAUUCAGGUGUGGACGGGGAUAUACGAACACAUCGGUGAGACUCGACUCUGGGACACUGUGCUCGGUGUAACUUGUAUCGUUGUACUGCUUCUGUUGAGGAAAGUCAAGGAUAUAAGCGUGAAGGUCGAUGAGAGUUCAGGCAAGACCAGGCGUCUGCGUAAGGCCGCCUCGCAGACACUAUGGCUCGUGUCCACCACGCGGAACAUCCUGGUGGUGCUGGCCUGUGCAUCAUUGGCCUACUACUUCGACACGAGGCAGUUGCAACCUUUCGUUUUAACUGGUGAAGUGAAGGCGGGGCUACCACAGAUCUCCCCCCCACCAUUCUCCGCCACGGUCGGUAACCACACGUACACGUUUGUGGAGAUGGCGUCCACCCUCGGAUCAGCGAUAUUCGUGGUGCCACUCCUCUCUAUUUUAGAGAAUAUAGCUUUGGCUAAAGUUUUUUCGGAGGGUAAGUACGUGGACGCGACGCAAGAGAUGCUGGCUCUGGGCGUGUGCAACAUCGUGUCGGCGCUGGUGGACAGUAUGCCGGUGUCGGGGGCGCUGUCCCGCGGCGCCGUCAACCACGCCUCCGGGGUCGCCACCACCGCCUCAGGCCUCUGGGCCGGCGCGCUGGUGCUGCUCGCGCUACAGUAUUUCACGCCGUAUUUCUACUACAUUCCGAAAGCGUCAUUGGCUGCCGUCAUCAUUGCUGCUGUGGUCUUCAUGAUGGAACUGCACGUCUUCAAACCUAUAUGGAGGACGAAAAAAAUCGAUAUAAUCCCCGCGGUGGUGACGUUCGGCUCUUGUCUCAUGCUGCGACUGGAGCUUGGCAUCGUCAUAGGCAUCGGCGUUAACUUGCUGUUCCUGCUGUAUGCCUCCGCGAGACCCUCCGUGAAGGUCACGCGGGCCACCUCUGCGAGCGGCGUGGAGCACGUGGUGGCGGCGGUGGGCAGCGCGCUGUCGUUCCCGGCGGCGGAGUUCGUGCGGCGCGCGCUGCACAAGGCGGCGCCGCGCCUGCCGCUCGUGGUGGACGCCACGCACGUCAGGGCGGCAGACUUCACCGCCGCAGAGGGUAUCAAGGCGUUAAUUGAAGAUUUCGAGUCUCGUGGGCAAACGCUGAUCUUCUACAACGUAUCUCCGUCGCUGGGCAGCGUGCUGCAGGGCGUGCGGCCCCGGAGACUGCUGGUGUGCUCCUCCGCCACUCAGCUGGACCUGCUACUCGUGCAAGCCACGCAGCAAAGCCUCACCAACUCAUAGCUUAUAUCUACAUUGCGAACUACCGUUAGUGCAGCUCCACACGAUCUCGACGCGACGCGCAGUAUUGUGACGUGUCAUUGUGUUUAUUACGAGUUAAACUAUGUAGCUGUAGUGUGUUAUUGGAAAUGUUUCAAAUAGUUUUGUGAAUAAAUGUAUUGGUUACCAA